ACUGUCCAAGGGGCGGUGCGCUUGCGCUGAAGGUGAUCCCGGGUUUAUAUUCGCCAAGGAGCUCUCUGCAACCAAGCAGUGCGUCACACAUGCCCAGACCAGCUAGGAUCCCCUUCCACAAAAUCAAUCAGAUUUGCCAUAGUUUCGAAGUUUUGUUAGAAUAUAGCGAGAGCGCCUCAACAUCAUCAUUAGAGUCCUAAAGCGAAGCUAUGGCUAUUGGAUAACGCAGACCUGCGGCUGUCUUCAAAGUUCAAUUUCGGACGUGCGGUUUCCUCGUCUGUAGGAAAAAAAUGAAAUCUGCUGAAGAGGACAGGAGCUCUGGCGACUGCAUGCUGUCUGAGACUGGACUGGUCUUAAGAGCUGACUAGUAAGAUUACUCAGAUGCAUACAGACACACCCCCAACACCAGUCUCUCCCUGGGCAAAUCCUGCCUGCCCUCCCAGUACCACAGUCUCCAGUCUGGCCCCACCAUCUCAGUGUCCAUCAGCCAGCCUCCUAGCUACAGUGCCCAGAACGACAUGAGGACAGUGGGUUACUACUCAUCCCCUAGCAUCCAUCCAACCGAGGCCCCGGUCCUCGAGAGCCCUCGUAUUGAGAUCACAGCCUAUGGGCAGUUUCCUGAGGAGGAGGUGGAAGAGAGCAACAACCUUCCUGUACCUAAACAGGUCAACUCCAUUGUGACACUGACGUUGCCCAACGCAGAUGGCUACCGUGACCCCAGCUGCCUCAGCCCGGCCAGCAGUGUGUCGUCACGCAGCUGUCACUCCGAGGCCUCGUCCUACGAGUCGGGCUUCUCCUACAACUACGAAAACUCACCCCAGAACUCGCCCUGGCAGUCGCCCUGCGUCUCUCCCAAGGGCUCCUCCACUCUCGCCCUGCCGGGUGAAACUUGCACCCAUGCGGACUCCCCACAUAACUCCCCCUCUACCUCCCCUCUUUCUAGUGUCAUGGAUGACAGCUGGAUGGGCCAGCGGGGCUCCAGGCCCAACUCCCCUUGUGGUGGGAAGAGAAAAUGCAGCUUCAACGGAACCACAACCUCCAAGUCCCCCUACUCCCCCAACCACUCCCCUGGGCCUUCCCCUCACACCUCCCCACGCCUCAGUGUCACAGACGAGUCCUGGAUGCCUAACAACACCAACCAGUACACCAACUCAGCCAUAGUUGCAGCCAUCAAUGCUCUGACCACAGACGGUGUGGCAGACCUGGGUGAGGGCAUCCCUCUGAAGGCCCGGAAGACCAGCCUGGAGCCUGGGGCAGUUUGCCUGAAGGUCGAGCCUGGACGAGAGGAGCUCAGCCCUGGGGAGCUUUGUCAGGAUGAGUACUCCUCCUCCCGCCUGCCCUUAAAGAAGGAGAACUACUGUGGCGGGUUACUGGAUGUGCCAUCGCACCCAUACUCAUGGUCCAAGCCAAAGCAAUAUGUCAGCCCAUCUCUGCCAGCCCUUGACUGGCAGCUGCCAUCCAGCUCCGGGCCGUACAGCUUGCAGAUCGAGGUGCAGCCCAAAUCUCACCACCGUGCCCACUACGAGACUGAAGGGAGCAGAGGGGCAGUCAAGGCUCUGGCAGGAGGACACCCUGUGGUGCAGCUCCACGGCUACAUGGAGACCAAGCCCCUGAUCUUGCAGCUAUUCAUUGGCACGGCAGACGAUCGUCUCUUGCGGCCCCAUGCCUUCUACCAGGUCCACCGCAUCACUGGCAAGACUGUCUCCACCCCCAGCCAUGAGACCCUGCAGUCGAACACCAAGGUGCUGGAGAUUCCACUGCUGCCCGAGAACAACAUGCGCGCCAUAAUUGACUGCUCCGGCAUCCUGAAACUUCGCAACUCGGACAUCGAGCUGCGGAAGGGCGAGACAGACAUCGGGCGUAAAAACACACGUGUGAGGAUGGUGUUCCGGGUUCACAUCAACCAGUCCACAGGAAGAACAUUGUCCCUGCAGACUGCAUCCAACCCCAUGGAGUGCUCCCAGAGAUCAGCCCAGGAGUUGCCCCUAGUGGAUAAGCAGACUCUGCAGACGUGCCCUGUAGCUGGGGGAGAGAAGAUGCUCCUCAGCGGACACAACUUCCAGCACGACUCCAAAGUGGUGUUCAUGGAGAAAGCCCAAGAUGGUCAUCACCUAUGGGAGAGAGAGGCCAAGGUUGACAAGGACUCCUCCAAAUCUACAUCUCUUCGCAUUGAAAUCCCUCCUUAUCGGAACCAGAGGAUAUCCAGUCCUGUUCAGGUGAACUUCUAUGUGUGCAAUGGCAAGAGGAAAAGGAGCCAGUACCAGGGAUUCACCUAUAUGCCUGCCAAUGUUCCAAUGAUAAAAAUGGAGCCACAUGAUGACUGCGACCCCCCUCAUGUGUGUCCCAAGCAUUGCCCUGGCCUGGCGCUACACCCCAAGCCCUACUACACUCCACAGGUGAUGACCUCCAUGAUACCCACAGAACUCCGGCCGUGCAUGGGAGGUGCCUACCCCGCUUGCCAACAGAGACUGGAAGGGAAGCCUUCCUCACUGUCCUGCUCAUCCUCCCCCAGCACCAGUCCCAAACUGCAUGACCUGUCACCCACCACGCCCUUCUCCAUGUGCCUGUCAGCAGGCCCAUCCCAGUCUCCGAUCCCACAUGUCUCCAUUAUCCAGGAGACUCCUGGACGCUACCAGCCACAAUCUGUCCUCUACCCACCCAGUAGUGCCUCAUCCUCCCCAGGCUCGCAGCCCUCCACCCCUAGCACCAGCGGCCCAGAAGCCCCAUUCUCCCCCACCCACUGCCUGACGCCGCCCCAGCCCAUCAGUGGCAGCUCUAGCCCAGUGACCGAACAGUUACCCAAUGUGCCAGAGAGAGGCGGCCGCUCGUCGAGCCCCACGCUGGCUAACAACAUCAAACAGGAGCCACAGGAACUGGACCAGAUGUACCUAGAUGAUGUUAAUGAGAUCAUCAGGAACGAUCUCUCAAGCAUCUCCGUCCACAGUCAUGCGUAACACCACUUUCAUUAUGGACACAGAAGGACUGAGGGGGAAGAAAGAGGAAAAUACCAUACCAAUAAUUUUUACAAUCUGCAUGCAGUCUGCCCAAAAAACAACUAUGUGAAACAUACAAGAGAUUCAGCAUCCUGAAGAUCAGAAUCCAAUGUGUGCCUUUCAGAAGGUUCCGUUUCAGAAGAUUUUCCAAUGUACAGAAAUGGAAAAUUUAAUUAAAUGGCUGACCUCUUAGAAAAAAUGUAGAAAAAAUGUUUUUUAACUUCUGUCUGCAGAUAUUAUAAAUUAUUGAAUGCCUAAGUGUUUGUUUUGUGUACAGAGCUUCAGAUUGCAUUCUUGGCAUUACAAUUAGAUAAUUUCAAACAAAAUAAGUGCCUUUGACUGGAAAUAAAUAAGACUAUAGGGAAACUUACCAAAUUUGAGGUCACGUUUUUUCAUUCAUGGUGAGAAUUAAACACUCGUUCACACUCACCACUGAUAGCUUUACUUGCAUGUUACAUUUGACUUUUGAUCUGUUUUGUACAGCUUUGUAUGUUUGUGACUUGAGUCAUCUCUUCAAGUGGCCUAAGGACUGAGAAAUGGCAUCUACAUUGAGUCCUUGAGUAUGGUGAUUUAAAAGCACAUGCCUUGAAAAAACAGAGACCUCAAUCUGUGCAGGUGUAUAUUUAUUUUAAGGAAAUAAAACUAUGGAAAUGUGUUGCUAAGACAAUUUUGAAGAUAUUCAACCAAGCUAGUGCCUUUUGGAAAGCCACAAUUUCAUCUAAAGUACCAGUGCUGCCUCUGUCCUGUUAGAACAAUGGAAUGUUUGCAUUUCAUAUUCUUGAUUAGCUAAUGGUCAGUUUGUAACACUGUUGCUUACAGGCUAAUGCUUGAUUUGCAGAUGCUUCAUAUGGUUUCCAUAUGCUAAUUAAAAUGUAUUGCCUUUACAUAGUUGUUACAUAGUUGUGUAGUUCUUGUCUACAAGAUACUAAGGGAAAGAAUUAUGCUUGAAAAAUAAGUGAAUGGGAAGGAGCAACUGCAGCAGGUUUUCUCCACCCUGAAACUCGGUUUUGUUAGGUUUGUUUUGCUUGUACAGACAGUGGGGGGAGCUGAUAAUACGUACAUUAGCAAUAAUUAUUUCAUUGAUAUGAACGGAAGGAAUCAUCACACUUUGGUUAAAUUGUCAAUUAAAUUGUCAAUAAAAUAAUACCUUGAUACCUAUGCAAUAUGCAGGUAUAGCGUUUAUCUCUCAAAGAAUGUAUGCAUUUAAGAUUGUAAUAGGAAAAGCUUUGUCUCUUCUGCACAACUAUUUAAUCCAAAGAAUAGGUAACAAUUGUGAAAAACAAUACAUUCUCAUGUUGGAGAUCAAAAACCUCCAAGAUUAAUGUAUGUAUUUAUUCUUAUAGAAUGUACUCUGUUUAUUCAAGUGUUUCAUGUUGCUCCUCAUAUUACCAAAUGGUUAACUGUAUAAUGCACUACAAUACCAAUAUUCUGUUUGUAGAAUGCACUAUAACUAGACUGAAUACGUUAAACUUUGUUUUUGCUUUAUACUUCCAGCUUUGAUUGUAUCUUUAGCUAGCACAAGUUCCCUUAUUAGAACUGCUUAUGUUUAUGUGUAUUUAUUUUAAGUCUUAAUCCACGAACUUAAAAGCCAUAGAGCCAUGUUUACUGAAAAAUGACUAUUAUAUUGUUCAGAUAUGUAGAUGAAUUGUUCAAAGCUUUUUUUGUGGGCUCCUAUUCUGCUUCAUGUACUGUCAAUAAAUAGUAUUUUUUUUU